AUGGCCCACAGACUCAUCUAUCAAGUUGUCGUGACCGGCACCCAGGUUUUCGCCAAGGCUUUCACCCAGGCCUACAAGCAGGCUGCUACCGCCCAGGCCGCCUCCAAGACCUCCAAGUCGGCAGCAUCCAAGUUUGGAGGACUCCAGCUGGACGAGGCCUGUAAGAUUCUCGACGUGGACGAGACCGCCCUCGACAAGGUGGUUGCCGAGCUCAACAAGAAACACAAGCUGGAGGACAUUGCAGAGUCCGAGUCAGUGCUGGCUCAAAUCGACAAGAAGUUCACUCAUCUGUACACUGUCAACUCGGAGCACAAGUCGGGCUCCUUCUACCUGCAAUCCAAGGUGUACCGAGCCAUGGAGCGAAUCCGGGGCGAGCUGGAGCUGGACCCGCUGCCCAAGCCCGAGAUCGAGGAACCCAAGAAGAAGGAAGAGGAGAAAAAAUAA